AAACUUGUUAAGUUGAAAGAAGAAAGAGAACAAGACCUAGAAAUAAUUAAAAGAUGAAAACGAAUGAGGAAGAAGGAAUAGAAGGGAAGACAUUUGUAGUAACUGGAGGAAUGGGUUUUGUGGGCGCAACUCUUUGUCUUGAGCUUAUUCGAAAAGGGGCUCGCGAGGUUCGAAUUCUUGAUCUCGUUUGUUCUUCACCUUCGUCUUGUCUACUUUCUCAACCUGCUGUUGUCUGCAUCUUAGGGGAUAUUACUCAUGAAGAGAAUGUUAAGACAGCUCUACAAGGGGCAGACUGUGUUUUCCAUAUUGCUUCAUUUGGUAAUUCAGGCAAAGAAAUGCUUCAAACUCGUCGAAUCCAUGAGGUCAAUAUUGAGGGAACUCGAAUCAUAUUAGAUGUCUGUCUGGAAUUUAAGAUCAAAAGGCUUGUUUAUGUAAGUACUUAUAAUGUUGUUUUUGGAGGAAAAGAGAUUGUAAAUGGUGAUGAAAAUCUCCCUUAUAUUCCUCCACAUCAACAUAUUAGUCCCUACGCUCGUAGUAAAGCUUUUGCAGAACGCCUAGUCCUCAGCUACAAUGCUAAACCAUUCAGGGAGAAUGGUGGAUGUCUGUAUACCUGUGCAGUUCGACCUGCUGCUGUGUAUGGAGCAGGUGAAGUGAAGACCUUCCCAUGGAUAAUAAAUUAUGCAAAGUUACGUUUGCUGCUAUUCAAAGUUGGUGAUUCAAGUGUUAAAACAGACUGGAUUUAUGUGGAUAAUCUUGUUCAUGGUCUUCUAUUAGCCUCUAUGGGACUCUUACAUGAAUUUCCUGACAAAGAAAACCAUCCAAUUGCUGCUGGAAACUCGUACUUUAUCUCAGACGGGUUCCCAGUUAAUACCUUUGAGUUCAUCCAACCUUUGUUAGACAGCCUUGAGUAUGGCCAGCCAGGAGCUUCAUUGACUGUACCCUGUGCUUUUGCAUUUGGAAAGAUAUGUUGGGUUUUCUACACCAUUUUAUACCCAUUUCUCAAUGUCUCUUGGCUUCCUCAGCCAUUGAUUCUUCCUGCAGAUGUAUACCAGGUGGGUGUAACUCAUUAUUUCUGUCAGAAGAAAGCUAGAGAAGAGUUGGGAUAUGUUCCAAGGGUGAGCCCACAGGAAGGCAUGUCAAUCAUGAUUUCUUAUUGGCGACAUCAAAAAAAGAACAGUCUAGAUUGUCCUUCGAUUUAUCCAUGGAUAUUUUGUGUGUGUGGAUUGUCUGGUCUCUUUGCUAUCAAUUUCUUACCUAACGUUGGUCCUAUAACUCUCCUUAAUGACAUAGCUCUCUUCAUUUUCCGAUCUACAAGGAAUAUUCAAAUAUUUUCUAGUAUUGUUGCAGUUGCACAUACAUCCGAAGCCACAUUUGCGUGGUUCUUAGCCAAGAAAGUCGACCGUACAAAUGCAAAGGGUUGGUUUUGGCAAACUCUACUACUUGCAACAUUUUCAUUGCGUCUUCUGUUGAAGAGGGCAGGGCCUAAGACUGAACAAAACACUGAAAAAUUGUUGUCAAACUAAUACUUCCUCUAUUGCUUUGAGUUUUUAACAAAUAGCUGAAAUAUAUGAACUUUUUGUCAUAUGGUGCAAAUUAAAUAACGCAAAAAGUAUUCAACAUUAGUUAUGAGAAAUGCUUCUCCUAUUGAAUAUGGUAUAUGUAACACUACUUAUUGCAGAUUUUUACUUUAAUUGUUUUGUAGUUUUGUACUCAAAUAUGGCUUCUUUUAAUUUUCU